AAUUAUCAGCAAUGUCCAAUAACAAAACGAUACCAGCCGGUGGUGGGUCUGGGCUUACGUUUUAUAUCAACAUUUUAUGCAGACGUCACUUCAAUUACAAUUCCAUUCCCAGGCAAGUCUGUAUAAAUAUAAGCAAAUAGGUUAUUUGAUAGAAGUAAUACCAAAAAUACGUAAGCAUAUUUCUAAACGAACAUAGCUACAACAUUUACUGAUUAAAUCCUAGUUAUUUGGCUUGACGGUUUCGUGCGUGUGCACGUUCUGCCAUUGUGCAUUUUGGCGCUCGCUUUCUUGCACAGCGAGGCAAGCAAGCAAGUCGUGUGGGGAGGGGAAACGAAAAGCCCAGCAACAGCAUCAAGAAAACGAACCAGCAAACUGCUCAAGCUAGCAAGGGUUUUAUUUCAAACUUUCCAUUUCCAAGUUGGGACGUGCCCCUUGUUAACUCAUUUGAGGUACUGCUACCAAACCAUGGGCAAGAAGACUCGUGAAAAUGAUGAUGAUGCCUCGGGCUCAUCUUCAGAAGAGGAAGAAUUUAUUGUGGAGAAGGUUCUGGAUAGAAGAACGGUGAAGGGCCGAGUUGAAUUCUUCCUUAAGUGGAAAGGCUAUUCAGAAAAGCACAACACAUGGGAGCCAGAGAAGAAUCUCGGCUGCCCUGAGCUCAUUGCUGAGUUCAUGAAGACCUACAAGAAGCCUAGCAGUGGUAACGGAGGUACCACCCCCAGCAGUGGAGGUGCCAAGUCCAGCGCGGGAUCAUCAGGCCGCAGCAAGGAAGGCAGCAGCAAGAGGAGGAACUCUGAAGAUGAUGAGGAGGGGAGCAGCAACAAGGCCAAACGGAAAAAAGAGGAUGAUGUCCUGAUUGCGAGAGGCUUUGAGAGAGGUCUGGAACCAGAGAAGAUUAUUGGAGCCACAGACUCCUGUGGAGACCUCAUGUUCCUCAUGAAGUGGAAGGACUCUGAUGAGGCAGAUCUGGUGCUGGCCAAGGAGGCCAAUCACAAGUGCCCGCAGAUCGUCAUAGCCUUCUACGAAGAGCGCCUCACCUGGCACGAAGACGGGGACAAGAAGGAGAAGGGCACUGUAAGCAUGUAAGCAGGAAGUAUCACCCCCCGACUCUGCUGGGACGACCUAGAGACAGACUCAUAUAGCCAGUACCAAAUCGCACCCUAUUCCUCCCCUUGGCCUUAACCUUUAUAUGUUGGCUUUUUUUUUUGUCUGGAUAGGUAUAAGCAGUGUAGUGGUACAUUUUUCCACCACAUUGCUUCUACCUUACAGCUCUGAUAACAUUGAAGGUUUAUGGCAAAAUGGAUGGUUUGGGAGCGAUUUGGGACCAACUGACCCCCCCCACCCCUUUGCAAUGACCAUAACAAAAACCACACAAACCAACGAUGGAGGACAUUGCCCACUUCUUCAUGAUACCCACCUCCAUUUCCCAAUGUACAGGUUAAUUUCCCUGAAUAACAAAGAGCCCAACCUAGCCAUUUUACACACAAACUGAGAAGGAUGAGGGAAGACUGGGGGUUUUGGAGGUGGUGAAACAGGCGGGCUGCACUCACUACUGGGGACGCUUGUGGUUUUUCUUUCCUCUUGCUUUAUUCCCUUUCUGUAUAUCUUUUUAUUUUUGCUGUUUGAAAAACUACACCACGGGAUAUGAUUGUGUAAGUACGAUUCUAGAUUCUGUGGUACCCUGUCUAGGUACAGGCAGCCAUCUUAAGGUGACUUGGAAGGUAGUAGUCUUAACUGAGGGCUAACGUUAAAAUGGCCACGUCUAUAAAAGCAUGGUCCAGUGCCCUGUAUAAAAUUCCUGCCUACUUCCUGAAUCAUGGCCUGUUUUUUAAUGGGAUUCAAGAGUAUAUCAUUGAAUUCAUGGAAACGUGGUCAUUUUAAGAUUUAAAAUUAUAUUCCUAUUAGUGGAUUAAUUUACUUCUACCCAAUGCCUUUUAUGAAGUUUUUUCGAUUACGAAAAAAACUAUUGAAAAAUCUUCAUGAAAGCCAUCAGUCAGAAGUAAAUUAAUCUAUUAAUAUAAUUUUACAUGCAUCUUAAAUGACUGUGUUUUCAUGAAUUUGAUCUACUCUUGAAUCCCAUUCAAAAACAGUAUGGGACAUGAUCCAGGAAGUAGGUGGGACUUUCAUAGAGGAUUCACAAAGCGUCUCAUCGGAGUAGGAGUGCUGAUCCAGGAUCAGGUCCCACCUGUCCAUAUAUUCUUAUUAAUUGUGAUCUAAAAGGUAAAAAAAUAGAUCCUGGAUCAGGCACUCUGGGGAAACUUUGAAUGAGCCCUCGACAUGUUUGCCCAGGGAAGAUGACAGCCUUGCAAGUCUUAACAAACCUCGAACAUAACAGUAGUUAUGCGGUAGAAAAAAUACAGUUUUAUCGUCAUCAGAUCACCUACUAGGACCCCUUGGUAGAAUAAUCUCCCCUGCUUCUUUUUUUGUUCAGUAGUUUUAGUCCAACUUUGAUGUUCUAAGGUCAAUAUGGUCUCUGUAAGGACUCCAUGUCUUGUUUUAUUUCUCAAAAUAUUCGCUAGUAUCACCUACAUUUCAAUAUUUAUUUUUUUAUUUUUAUCCAUUGUCUUCUGUUUUUUAUCUUCCCCAUGUCAACUAAUCAUGUAGGUCCGAUUCCAUUGCUAAGAUCAUGAACAUUUAGUCAGAGUAUCUGCUUUUUCAUAACUUGGAAUUGGAUUCUUCUGAUUACCUUUUUUUUUUAUCAAACAAUUUUAUCACAAGCACAAAUAAGCAAAUAUUACAGAUGCACAGACGGGCCACUUCAAAAGUUGUACCAAAUGUUUCAAGCCAUCUUUAUUUGCAAAUGUGAAUGACCAUUGAUUGCUAUAUAUAUAUAUAUAUAGUAAACACGUUAUCACAGCGUUGCUUAAUUGGAACCCGAACCUUCCUUAGUUCAGAAGUCAGUUGACAAUCAGCAUGCCACAUGCUCUGCAGUAGAAAGUGAAACCAAACCAGCAUACUGAAUGAUUUCAUCAAGGUAUGCCACCCUGUGGCUAAAUGGCUCAGCCAAAGUGCUCUGCUCAGUGCCCUGAGUUGGAGAAUGGGAUAAGGCAGAUCUGGGCUUACUUCCAGACAGUGUUCCUUCAUGGGAAUGCUUAUCGAUCUAUUUUUAACAUUUUAAGAUCCCUUUCAGUGCUUUUGAGUAUUAAGUGGUGAAAUCCACACAACCUUCAGAGUAUUUGUUCCACUUGCUAUCACUGUAAGUUGAUUUUAAAGGGAGUUGUAGAAAGAUAAUUUGUCCUGACCUGAAUUUAUAGUUUUAUCUUUCUUGUUAAUGCUAAAUAAUGAAAAUAAAUUGGGAAGACAAUGUUAUCCACAUAAUUUGCUUCAUAUUAGAUUAUUUUUUUAAACUACCUAUUCUAUCCAGUCUUUGUGUUGAAUGUAGUAACGAGAGCUUUGAGUUUGUAUUCACUGCCUUUGCGUUUUGUGUUCACGUUUUAUAUUUAGUUGCCCAUGAUAUCACAUCCAAAUGUGUGGUAACAAAGAGCAAGGUUGUUUAGUCACAGAAUAGAGGCAAAGUAUUCCAGUAUAUUUGGUGGAGCCUAUAUCAUUGAGUUGAUAAUGGACAGAUUGCUGUGUAUUGUGGUCAAAUAUACUCUUUUUCAAUUUGUGAUGUUUAUUUUUAUAUAGGAGCAACUGAGUCCUGAGUUGUCUUGUCACUGUAGUCAUAGAAACAAAUGAAAGAUAUCCUUCUCUCUUCAGAAACGUCCCUAUUCAGGACAAAUGUAACGGUUGUCCAUUUUUCAUGUUUAUUAUUAUUCACAAAUUUACUCUCAGAUUUCAUUUGAAGUCCAUUUUUGAUCAUGGUUUUUUUUCUUCAAAAUGUUCUGCAUUUGGUGUAUUUUACCAUUUUUUAAAUGCUCUGCAAAUUUGGGUUUUAUAUGUAUUGUAGUAAACUGUUUUCAACAUUCAAA